AUGUCUAGAUCCCAAGAGAUUAAAGAGAAACAGGCAUUGUUGGCCAAGUUUCAACAUGGAUUUGGAAAUUCUACCUCUAAAGUAUUAGAAUGGAUCGAUGGAUCUUCAUCCGUUCAAGAACAAGAAAAUAAGUCAAAAGAUGACUUCUUUCAAUUACCAGUUAUUCAGAUAGGUAGUGGAUUAUCCUUUAACGAUACCCAAGAUAUUAAUGACACAGAUAUACACACCAUUGGUGAAUUUAUCAAAGGUGACAAGAAGGUUAGUUCACUAGCUAAGAAAAAGAGAACAAACAAAGAUAUCCAAGAAAGAAACAGUGUCCAUCGGGUAAGAAAGGAUGACUCCCAAGCUAUGGUAUCAUUAAAGAACAAAAUACGAAAUCAACAAAGACAAAAGAUACGCAAUGAACUUCCGAAGGAUAAGAAAGGAUCAAACAAUGUAAACGAUAAAAAACAAUCACAAAUGCAAUUGCAACCUUCAGUGGAUGCAGAAUCUUCCUCCGAUGAUGAAGCAGAUAUUAAAGAACAGAAACAUAGCAAAAAGAAAACAGGGUUACUGUUGUUUACGGGGAAAAAGUCCAAGAGGUAG